AUGGGAGUGACUGGGAUCAAAAUCGGCCUCAUCCUCGAGAAUAGGCAAUAUGUUGCCGUCGCCAUAUCACGUUACAUCAACACCGGGCAAUGUACGGUUCCAGAAAUGAGUCCAUUCUCGAGAGACGACAUGUUUGCUCGGACAUGUAGAAAUGCACUCAACUUUCCACCUGCAACAUUAUCGUACAAUGCUGUGGGAGGAUGA